AUGUCUUUGAGAAUUAAGGCGGUGGUGGACAAGUUCGUGCAGGAGCUGAAGGAAGCACUGGAUGCGGAUAUUCAGGACAGAAUCAUGAAGGAGAGAGAGAUGCAGAGCUACAUCCAGGAGCGCGAACGCGAAGUCGCGGAGCGCGAAGCCGCUUGGAAGGCCGAGCUUUCUCGUCGUGAGGCAGAGAUUGCCCGACAAGAAGCAAGGCUCAAGAUGGAGAAAGAAAAUCUUGAGAAAGAGAAAAGUGUCCUAAUGGGAACUGCAUCAAAUCAAGACAAUCAAGAUGGAGCUCUUGAAAUCACUGUAAGCGGUGAAAAGUAUCGAUGCCUCAGGUUUGCAAAGGCAAAAAAGUGAGGGUUUACAUGGAAGCAUGGAAAAAAGAAGAAAGAUUUAGAGAUAGAAAUCCAUAGUUGGGUGUGAUUCUUUUCCCCUGAAUACAUCCUAGCUAAUUUUCUUGUUACGAAACCUCAUUCCUAUUUUGGGUGCUUCAAAUGUGUACAUCUACCUCUGUAUAAUCUGAAUUGACCAUGUUUCGUGGGCCCUGUUAUGUAAUUCAUCGCAGAAGGUAGGUUUUGUAUUAGUAACGGUGAAGUUAUAUCUGUGCAUGACUGAUAAGCUGGUAAGAUUUGAUGGUCUUGAGCUAGGCUAUGACAGUGUUAAUAUAGAGUCUUGAACUAGCAGUUAUUU